GGCCACGUGGGGAGGCAGGCCCGGAUGGAAUUUGCGGCUGAGCAGUAUCGGAUCCGAUUCGGGAUAUCGUGUAAGCGGUGGCCGUGUCUCCUAACUAGGUGCGCUGCAUGCACAUAGAUUAGCAAAACAGAUUCGUUCGUGAGGACCUAGGUAUCUGGGGUUGGGCGACCGCGGCGGCGAUUUUCGUCGCCGGGGGUUUUCUGAUCGGAUCGGUUACCGGUGAUCAUCUCCCCGACAUCUGCUCACUACUCGGCCUGACCACGGGGCCGGCUAGUUCGGCUGCCCGGCCUUGGUAGCGUCAGAUUAGGGCUUCGUGAUCCGGUUGUCGGUUGGAACGAGGAUGAUGGUGGAGUUUUCAAAGACGAAGAGAAGCAAGGAGGACGUGGGUGUGCAGGUGCUGCUCCAGAAGCUGCGCAUGAAUGAUGAUGAGAAGCAGGGAGUGUUCUUGGCCAAAGAGGGGGCAAAGCUGAUAACGGUGAAAGGUUUCAGCGUGACUUCACUAAAGAACAAGAUGCUAUCUGCAUGGUUUCUAACUCGUGAGGUCUUCUUUUGCCCGAUUGGAAACAACAUGUUCAUGGUUCAGGCUUUCUGCUUGGGUGUUUGGAAGGGAAUUAGGAGGGAGGUGACAAAGGCGGGCUAUGAAGCGCUACCUACAAAUAACGGGGCGGGCUCCUAUGAGGAGCGCCGCAAGUCCCAAUGAGUUGCCUCAGUUGGAAUUGUCGCGGACUCGGCAACGCCGCGACAAUUAAGGAGCUUCGCGAGCUAGCGAAGGAUGUUGCCCCGUCGGUGGUAUGUGUCCUGGAGACUCAGGUGCACAAGACACGGGUGGAAGGACUGAAGCAGACACUUGGUUUUGAUAAUUCUUUUGCUGUCAGUAGUUCGGGCCGUAGUGGCGGAUUUUGUAUUUUUUGGAACAAUAAUAUAAGAGUGACAUUGUUGCCUUACUCUCAGUACCAUAUUGAUGUUUUAGUCCAGGAAGGGGAUGGUGACCCGUGGCGCUUGACUUGUGUUUACGGGUAGGCACAAACAAAUGAGAGGCACAAGACGUGGGAUAUGUUGAAACAUAUUAAGUCAUCAUCACACCUUCCUUGGUUGUGUAUUGGUGACUUCAAUGAAGUGCUACAUCGAACGGAACACAUAGGCGUACAGGAGAGAAGCCAUGCUCAAAUUGCUGGUUUUCGUGAGAUGGUGGAUGUAUGUGGCUUCAAUGACUUAGGUUAUGAAGGUCACAGUUGGACGUAUGAAAAGAAGGUAGCUGGGGGAUCCUUUUGUCGGGUGCGCCUGGAUUGCGCGCUGGCAACCCCGGACUGGAGCGUGCGUUUCCCUUUGGCGAAGUGCAAGCAUAUGUCGGCGGCCGCUUCAGAUCAUGUGCCGAUUUUGCCAAGUUGGAGGUCUGAGGAGCCGCGGCCUCGAGGGAAGAAACUAUUCAGGUAUGAAGUUAUAUGGGAAUCCCAUGCUGAGUUUUCUAAUUCUCUGCUUGAGUCAUGGCAGAAGGAGGAUGAGGCGACGACCCUGCAGGAAUUACAGAGCAAAUUGAAAAAAGUUUCUAGCCAUCUUGUGAGGUGGGACCGGAACACAUUUGGGCAUGUACGCAGGGAGCUGCGCAAGUUGAAACAAGAGCUAGAGCGGCUACAGUCCGACCCGCAGCGGACGGGUCCAACUCAUGCGGAGCUCAAGAUCAGGGAGAAAAUUCUAGAACUGAACCAUAGAGAAGAAAUAAUGUGGAAGCAACAUUCUAGAAUUUUGUGGCUUUCUGCAGGUGAUAGAAAUACUAGGUUUUUUCACAUCUUAGCUAGCAGAAGGAGGAGGAGGAGAAACAUGAUUGCUAGAUUGAAAAAACCAGAUGGACAGGUUACAAAAAAUGUCCAGGAGAUGAGGGAUCUAGCAACUAGUUUCUACAGGGAGUUGUAUACUUCGGAGGGGACCAGUAAUAUGGAUGCAGUGUUGAAUACAGUCCCAAACUCCCAACGAAGCUUACUUGCAGCCUUUUCAGAGAAGGAAGUUAAGGAAGCUUUGUUCCAGAUGUUUCCGACAAAGUCCCCGGGGCCCGACGGUUUUCCGGCACACUUCUUCUAGCGACAUUGGGACUUAUGUGGAACUGAAGUUACCUCUAUAGUGUUGAGGAUUUUGAGAGGGGAGGAUGAAGCUACAUCAAUAAACGAUACAUUUAUUGUUCUAAUCCCCAAGGUGGCAGAUCCAGAGGAGUUGGGCCAGUUUAGGCCAAUAAGCCUUUGUAACGUCCUGUAUAAGAUCGCUUCAAAGGUUGUUGCGAACAGGCUGAAGCAAAUUUUGCCUGAGGUUAUAUCAGAAGAGCAGUCUGCUUUUGUUCCUGGGCGUCUUAUUACAGAUAACAUAAUCUCGGCAUAUGAAUGUUUGCAUUUUAUGAAGAGGAAAAAGCCUCGUGGAUCUAGAUGUUGUGCUCUGAAGUUGGAUAUGAGGAAAGCUUAUGACCGAGUUGAGUGGGACUAUCUGCGAGCAAUCAUGCUCCGUUUGGGCUUCCACCAAUGUUGGGUUGAGACAGUGAUGCGCAUGGUAACAUCCGUCUCCUUUUCAAUUCUUUUUAAUGGUGAUAGACUUGACAGUUUUAAAUCUUCGAGGGGUAUCCGCCAAGGAGAUCCUAUCUCUCCCUAUUUGUUUCUUUUAGUAGCAGAGGGCCUUUCGUGCCUGUUAAAAGCUAGAAAUUAGUCGUCCGUACUCAAUGGGAUUAAAGUGGCACCAUCAGCUCCGGUGGUGUCUCACUUACUCUUCGCAGAUGACAGCCUGCUGUUUUUUAGAGCUAAUAGGGAAAGUGCAGAGGAAAUCAAGGAGGUACUCAACACUUAUUGUCAAGCUUCUGGACAAAGGAUUAAUAUGGAUAAGUCCUCAAUUCAUUUUGCGAAGGGCUGCAGGCAGUCUCUUCGAGAGGUGAUCAAGGACGAGCUGGAUGUCCAUAAUGAAUCUCUGAGUGAAAAAUACCUGGGCAUGCCGACAGAUGUGGGUGUUUCCACUAACAGGGCUUUCAAAUAUAUUAAAGAUCGUGUGUGGAAAAAGGUCCAGGGUUGGCUGGAGCAGUGCUUGUCAUCAGGUGGCAAGGAGGUACUGAUUAAAUCAGUUGCGCAAGCAAUACCUACUUUUUCGAUGUCCUGUUUUAAGCUCCCUAGAGGUUUAUGCCAGCACAUCAAUGGUUUAAUAAGGAACUUCUGGUGGGGUAGCAAGGAUGGAAAAAGGAGAACAUGCUGGGUCGCUUGGGAUGAGAUGAUCAAACCAAAAUGUAUGGGCGGCCUGGGCUUCAGGGAUAUUGAACUGUUUUAUCUUGCCUUACUGGCGAAGCAGGCUUGGCGCAUUCUCACGGAGGAGAGUUCGCUAAGUGCGCGAAUUAUAAAAGCAGUUUACUUCCCAAAUGUGGAUUUCUUAGAUGCUAAUCUAGGGUCUUCUCCCUCUCGGAUAUGGCGUUCCAUACUUGAUGGCAGGGAAGUCCUGGAGCGGGGACUAAUUAGGAGGAUCGGAACCGGAGAAUCAACACAUAUUUGGCAAAUGAAUUGGAUUCCGAGAGAAAACUCUCUUCGACCCUUUUAGGAGGGAUUUGACUGAUCCUCCGCAGAUGGUUAGUGAGUUGAUAGAUCACACGACGGCAUCAUGGGACGUCCAAAAGCUUCAUGUUGUUUUCUGUCCAUCUGAUGUUGAGGCAAUUCUAAAUAUACCACUUUGUACUCGGAGACAAGGGGAUUUUUGGGCAUGGCACCAUGAAAAGAGGGGUAUCUUCUCAGUUCGCUCAGCCUACAGGAUGUUGGCCAUAAACAAAGAACGAGCUACAACGUACCUAGAGAAUAUUGCUGGGAGAUCAGAUUUAAGGUCUGAGGAAAAUGAAUGGAUGUCGAUUUGGCAGGUAAAGGUACCAUCAAAGAUACAUGUGUUCUUAUGGAGGCUUGCUCAUCACUCCUUGCUGUCAAGGGAUGUACUGCACCAUAGGAACAUGGCUACUCAAAGCACUUGUUCGAUCUGUGGUAUGCCUGACUCGUGGAAGCACUCACUGAUAGAGUGCAACAUGGUGAAAUGUGUGUGGGCUCUAGAACGCGAGGAAAUUACACAGCUGAUGAGUGAAAUUCAGGAGACUAAACCUAGGGGUUGGUUAGCGGCUAUUUUUAGCUUGCUAAAGCAUGAAGAACUGACGAGGUUGGUGGUCACUCUUUGGGCCAUCUGGUAUGCUCGCAGGAAGGCGAUCCACGAGAGCUCUUUUCAAAGUCCUCUAUCUACUCACUAUUUUGUGAAUAAUUUUAUAGCCGACUUGGAGAUGAUCAAGACGGUGCAGACAACACCGGUGAGGGGAACCCAAGGUGUUCCACCCCGGUGGAUUCCCCCCACGAGGACUUGUUAAAAUCAAUGUUGAUGCAGCAGUUUCGAAGAAUUCAAGCAAGGCUGUGGCAGCUGCCAUCGCUAGGGAUGCUGCAGCUCAAAUCGAGGAAGCUUGAAGAAUUGGCGGAACAAAUUAAGAGUGACAGGGCAAAGCAUGAUGCUAAGGGAAAACAAGUUGAGAGUAGCAGAGAAGGAGAAAAUCUAAAUGCAAAUCAAGAUCAAAACCAAAAUGGUGAUACCAACAACAGUGGGGGAACUAUUGGAUCAAUCAACCAGGAGAAAGUGGAUGAAAUGUUAGCUGCAUCACUUGCUGCAGAGGAAGAGACAGGCUUCACUGGCGAGGAGAACCACUGUACAAGUGUUCCAUUGCAAGGAGCUGAAAUUGAUGAGGAUGAAGAUGAUGAUGAAGGAAUGAUAUUCCCUAUGACCACUGGUGACAUUGAUCCGGCAGUAUUGGCUUCCCUUCCUCCAUCGAUGCAGUUAGAUCUUCUUGUUCAGAUGAGGGAGAGGGUGAUGGCUGAAAACAGGCAGAAGUAUCAGAAAAUAAAAAAGGAACCUGCAAAAUUUUCAGAGCUUCAAAUACAGUCCUAUCUCAAAACAGUUGUUUUCCGUCGAAAGAUAGAUCAAGUUCAGAAGUGUGCUGCAGGUAAGGGUGUUGGAGGUGUCCAGACAUCGAAAAUAGCAUCAGAAGCUAACAGAGAGUUCAUUUUCUCGACAUCAUUCACUGGCGACAAACAGAUGUUGGCACAAAGAGGUGAAAAGGAGCAGAUUGUUGACAGUUCUCAUUCAAAAAGGGAAAUAAAUUCUGCUGUCUUCAGAUCUAAUCCUACAAGUAGUUCGGGAACCACGAAGCCUUCUACCAGCAAGCAUUUGAAGGAUUUUGGGCCUGAUGUUGAGACGUAUCGUGAUGAGAGAGGACGGAUUAGAGUAAGUAGGGUCAGAGCAAUGGGAAUUCGUAUGACUCGUGAUAUUCAAAGGAAUUUGGAUUUUAUCAAAGAGAAUGAGCAGGUAAGUAGGGUACAAACCAAUGUGCACAAAAUAUCAACUGUCAGUGAAGAGCCUCCUGAUUUUCCAGAACAUCUUUUUGAAAGUAAUGAGCUCCAGAGUUCUCUUAGUCUUGAUGAAGAAUUUUUAGAAACCGCUGAAGACAACCAACAGAUUUCAUCACUAGUGAGAGGAUCAGAUAACACUUCUGAGAGCACCUGUUAUGGAAAGAAGGAAACAAUUGAGAUAUCUUUCAUGGAUGAUCAAACUGAACCGAAGGACAACUAUGAUGAUAUAUUUUUGCAUUUAGCGUCUGGAACGGCAUCCGACAUAUUUGCUGACAAUGAUUGUUUGGAUAAAAAGAUGGAAGAAUCUGAAGGUUUUGAGUGUAUUUGGGAGGAAGGUGUAAAUGAAGGAGAAACACUUCCCAUGAAACUUGAUGAGAAGGAUAAUAAAUCAUGUAUGCCAGAGAAUUGCAGCGAUGAUGAGGUGGAAUGGGAGGAAGGUGAUAGCCUUGUACUUGGAGUUGCUUCCAGCAGUGAAUGUAAUACAUGUAAUGUACCGAAAGGGGACAUGGAAGAAGAAGCGCUCGUACAGGAAGCAAUAAGGAGGAGUUUAGAGGAUUUCGACAAGCAGGCAUCUGAGAAUGUGAGCACUGAAGAUAUGCAAGCAUCUGUUGGAAAUAGAUCCUUGCAAUUCUCUGAUGGUGUUUCUAAAAUAUCUGAAACUCAUGGUGAAACUACCUCACAUUCUGGAGCAGCUCUUGUGAAAGAGACAAAUGAAGAAUCAAGAAUAGAAAUCAAUCCUGAUGAUAAUGAUGUGAUACAUAGUACUGGACUAAUUGGAACUAAUAGACAAGAAAAUGAAAACCAACCUCAACGGGUGAAUAAUGAUGGGCACGUUGACGUGCACAGAGAUCAUCUGCUUGAGUCCCUUCCACAUUGUACGGCAUCCACUAGUAAUAUAGCAGAGAAAACAUCUGACAGCUCAAAAGUUAACUGCAACAAUGUGAUGAUAUCUAGAACUGAAAUUCCUGAAACACUUGUAGAUGGCCGUGAUAAAAAUAUUGAGCAAAAUAGUAUGAAUUCUAAUCAAUCAAAGUGCAGCCAAGAUGUUGCCAACAUUGGAGAAACCUUGAAGUCACCACGAAAGGAUCUUUUGGUUGAUGAACCAGUAGCUUGUACCACGGAACCAAAAGAACAUGCUACCGAGGGAGAUCUGAAGGUUUCAACUUCUGAGAUGAAUUAUACACAAGUUGGUGGCAAUGAUGACAGCCAUGGCAUAUCAGCAAAUUAUCUUGAUGAGGAAUUAUCUCGUCUUAGACAAGAACAGAUAGAUCUUGGUCAUGAACGACGAAAGCUUGAAAGUCAUGCAGAGUCUGUAAGCAGUGAGAUGUUUGCCGAAUGCCAGGAGUUGCUCCAAAUGUUUGGACUGCCAUAUAUUAUUGCACCAAUGGAAGCUGAAGCUCAAUGUGCAUACAUGGAAAUGAGCAACCUUGUUGAUGGAGUCGUCACUGAUGAUUCAGAUGUCUUUCUUUUUGGAGCAAGGAAUGUUUACAAGAACAUAUUUGAUGAUAGGAAGUAUGUGGAAACAUAUUUUAUGAAGGACAUUGAAUCUGAGCUUGGGCUAACAAGACAACAAUUGAUUCGUAUGGCUCUGCUUCUUGGGAGUGACUACACUGAAGGAGUUAGUGGUAUUGGCAUUGUGAAUGCUAUUGAAGUUGUGCAUGCAUUUCCUGAGGAAGAUGGACUGCAGAAGUUUAAAGAAUGGAUUGAAUCACCAGAUCCAUCGAUAUUUGGUCAACUGCAUAUGGAAAGAAGUAGUAAAUCGAAGAAAAGGAAAGCUGGUGGAAAUGAUUCAGAUGGAAAGGGGAAAGGCUUGGAACCUGAAUGCAAUCAGGGUUCCGAUGAUCGAUCUUCUAGUGAGACUGAACGCAUCAAGGAAAUAUUUAUGAGUAACCAUAGAAACGUGAGCAAGAACUGGCAUAUCCCUGCAGCUUUUCCUAGUGAGUCAGUAAUAAAUGCAUACAUUACCCCACAAGUUGACAAUUCAACAGAGCCUUUUUCAUGGGGAAGACCAGAUUUGGGCCUACUUCGCAAGUUAUGUUGGGAAAGAUUUGGGUGGGGCAAGGAGAAAGCUGAUGAACUGCUUCUUCCUGUUUUGAGAGAGUAUAAUAAACACGAGACUCAGCUACGCAUGGAGGCAUUCUAUUCAUUCAACGAGAGAUUUGCAAAGAUUCGCAGCAAAAGGAUUAAGAAAGCUAUCAAGGGCAUUACAGGAAAAAGUUUUCCUGACACAGAUGAACCUGAGCAGGAUAGUCCUGGUACUAUCAAGACUACUACGAAGAAAGAUGCAAGCUCCUCUAGCCAUCGUAGAGGUAGAGGAAAAAAGGACAGCAGUUCUAAAAUCAGGCAUAUGGAGAGUCCAGAAGAUAAGGAAACUGUUGAUCCUAAUAGUUUUGCUGAUAUGGAUGAGCUUACUAAAGAAAAUAACACCACAAAUAAAAGAAACAAGGGGAGGCCCUCUGGUUGCUCCAAAGGAAAAGGGCGAAGCAGGAAGAAUGCUGGACAUGAUGCAAAAGGAAGUCAGGUGGAUUCUGACACAAAAUAUUCUUCAGCUUCAGAUGAGGAUUCUCAUAAGACACAUACAAGCAAUUACAAAUCUGAAGGAAUUGGACCACGAAGGUCGAGUAGGAUGCGGAAACAAGUGACAUACAUGGAAGAUGGUGAUGAAGCAGAUGGCAGUGAUGUCCCCGUGCAUCAAAACGAUGAAAAUGACCCAGGUGAAACUGCUGAAAACACAGGAGGUGCAGGAUUUAAUCUGGCCUAUCAGGAUACGAGUGAACUGAACAGCAUUCAGAUGCAUACAGAUAUAGGCGCAGCCGAAGAUAUCAAUGAAGAUUCCCAGAGAUUUGAGUUAAAUGAGGGCCGUCAGGAUUUGGCGCCUAAAGACUACCUCUUCAGUGGAGGUGGUUUCUGUAUGGAGGAUGGUGACGAACUAGAACCAGCUGGUGAUCGAUGUGGUGCAGAAAUGGAGAAGCUAGGAAAAAGUAAUCCUAGUGACGAUAUGAUGGAGGUUUCAGACAGUGGCAAGAGUGCGAGUCUGUCAACGGCUGAGUGUACAGAGAAUGCAGGCAUGGAGGCACGAGGUGCGUCUUCGCAGCAGAGACGUAAGGCAAGCCGUGGUCUGAGCGCCAUGCCAACGCUUACCAAGCGUAGGAGAAAAUCAUGACAUGUUUGCAGCGUGUGCAGGGCUUGCACAAACAUUACGUUAUGAAUUAUACAUAAGCGGUAUAACGAAACAAAGGCAACAGGAGAAUAGUUUUAGGUAAGUGAUCUUCGAGUUUGGCAUGCCAAUUUUCAACACAGAUAAAUCCCCAGUUUUGCAAUUAUUGAGCACUAAAUGUUGCUCGCAACUAUUUAGCUAA